AUGGAAUCGAAGGAGAAACUGGGGAGAGGACCGAAGGAUGUAACUGGAAGACUGCAAUUUGUGGAAGUCGUGAAUAUUGGACAUUCCAUGGAUAUGGAGAAUGACCUGAAGAAAAGGCAGACUAGAAGGAUGAGAUUAACACUCGCACCCACCACGGAAGCUACGGACCAAUUUACAGAUCACAGGUUCCGUGCCCAUCUGUUCGACACAACAGUUCUUCUAGCGCAGCAGAGACAUGGCAAGGCUGCAACGUCUAAGAAGCUAUUUGCUACUCAUAGAGCCCUUGAAAGGAGUGUUCUGAAGUUUGACUACCGCACCCAACAUCUAGCGGGUCUUAACGGUUUCGACUUAAGAGAAGUGCUCCUUCGUCUUUGCGCUUUAGCGGAAUAUUUAUCGGAAAUCAAGCAUAAAUGGGCCGGUCACAUAAUGAGAGAAUCGGCGAUAGAUGGUCUGAGAGAACGUUUGAAUGGAUUCUGA